AUGCAAGAGCAACUGGCUAAGAUCCAACAAGACAUGAUGGACAAAAUGCUAGAAUCUCAAAGAAACAUGAUGACUCAGUUGACCCAAUUAUUUGUUGGCGUAAUGGAUAAGGGAAAAGGCCCCAUGGCCAAUCCUGGGGAGGAGGAACCGUUCUAUCCUCCAAGUAGAUCAGGUUCAAACCCAGGAGAUAACCCAACUAAUCCCGUUAUCCUCGAUUUUAAUGAAGUGGCAGAAAAGGAAAAAGCAAAAGAAGAAUUGACAAAACAACUAGAGGACAAGUGUAAAUGGCUAGAGGAAAAAUUCAAAGUAAUAGAAAGUGUUGAUAGUCAUCAUGGAAUUGACGCUAAAGAUCUAAGCUUGGUUCCAGACUUACUACUUCCUUACAAGUUCAAAAUGCCAGAAUUUGAAACCCUGGUGGGGGCAACAUCGAAAUGGUACAACCAAUUGAGAUGUUCCAUGAUUGGUUCGUGGAGGGACCUAGCACAAGCAUUCAUGAAGCAAUAUAGUCAUGUAACUGAUAUGACUCUUGAUAGAAUUACUUUACAGAACAUGGAGAAGAAAUCGAGUGAGAGUUUUAGGCAAUAUGCACAGAGAUGGAGGGAAAUUGCCAUUCAGGCUUCUAGAAAAAAAACUACGAUACUCUUUAUCAACACUUUAAAAGUCCCGUUCAUCACACACAUGCUAGGAAGCGCCAUAAAAAGUUUUUCAAAUAUAGUCAUGAAUGGCGAAAUGAUCGAGAAUGCCAUAAGAAAUGGAAAGAUAGAUGCAGGAGAGAGUAACAAAAGGUCAGCCUUAAGGAAAAAGAAAAACGAGGUGAACAACACAAGUACAUAUAAUAAGGGUUACUCAAAAUCAAUUACUGUAAAUCAGCCAAGAAAAGUGGCUGCUGGUCAACAAAGACAAGAAUCCGGCACAAAGCAAAACACUGAAAAGCUCCAAUUUACACCAAUCUCAAUGACGUAUAGGGAGCUGUAUCAAAGUUUAUUCGAUGCACAUGUUGUUUCCCCUUUUUACUUAAAACCAAUGCAACCCCCGUACCCCAAAUGGUACGAUGCAAACGCCCAAUGCGAAUACCAUGCAGGAAUCAUGAGGCACUCGAUAGAAAACUGCACCGCUUUUAAAAAGCUAGUCGAAAGGCUCAUCAAUAUGGGCAUUUUCAAAUUCGAUGACCCAUCUAAUACAGAAAAUCCGUUACCCAAUCAUAUUGAUGAUGGGAUAAACGCGAUGAGUGAAGAUAUGGGGAGAAGAAUCAAGAUAGACAUUGCAGAAAUAAAAACUCCUUUGAGAUGGGUCUGGAAUGAGAUGGUAAAAAAGGGGUCAACCAUUUCGAAUUCAGGAGGAAGUUACGAAAAGAUGAGGAACUACUAUGAGUUCCAUCAUGAAGUGGGGCACGAGAUUCAAAAGUGCAAUGAAUUUAGAGCCUUGGUGCAAGACCUAAUGGAUAAUAACGAACUAGAAUCAAUGCUAUAUCUGAAGAAGCAACUGAAGUAG